AUGAAGUACUUUUCACCCCAUUCGAUGCUGCAAGUGCCUUGCUCCCAUACGCCCAAGGCAACGCCAACCUCAACUGGCCCUUGGACAUCAGAUGAACAUGCUCGCUUCCUUGCAGCCAUUGAGGCGCUCCCCCAAGGACCGUGGAAAGCUAUCGCCAAGGAUAUUGGCACCCGCACACCUCGACAAGUGCAGACACACGCCCAAAAGUACCGCGAAAAGCUGUUUCGUCAAAGCAAGACGCCAACAAAAAAGGCCAAGGCAGCACUCAAAUACGAUCAAAAAUGCAUCGAAGCGACCCCAUCAUGUGACACUAGUGACGACGAUGCAUCCUCACUCUCGAUGGACGACGCGAUGGAGUUCCUCGUCCAACUCGUGGCGGACUCGAGCAAUUGGGACCUUCCCGACGAACCUUGGGCUGCUUGAG